AUAUGAAACAAGUCCGGAAAUAGAUCGGAAAAGCAACCCGAAACUGAAGUAAAAUGUCAGCAACCCUAGUACAAAAGUUGCCAGCAGAAACUCCACUCAAUUCCCAGGCACAGCAACAGCAAGUAAGCCGGAAGGCAGAGCAGACACCUGAGGUGGAAGUGGGCCAUCUGGCAACCAUUUCCCUGCUGCUGCAAUACGACAUUGACAACACGCUGAAUGCGUUCAAGGAGCACCGCAGGAUGACGCUGGACGGCAGAGGAAUGGGAAUGGGAGUGGGAGUGGCAGCAGCGGGUUCUCUGUCAGUCAACAACAACCAAGAGAAAGACCUGAACCUGAACCUGAACAUGACUGCGGCUGGGCAAAGGGACUCCUCCGAGCUAGAGGUCGAGCAAAUCGGACUGUGCCCCCCAGCUGUGAUGCCACCCACUCCGCCGGCCACGCCCAAUAUGCAGAGCACGGCCCAGAAGCGCUGGAAGAUUCUGGCCAAGGUGCUGCGCAAGGACUCCGAGGAGACUGUGUCCUCCUCCAGCGACGAGUUCAGCGAGGAGCAGACCGCGUCGGUGCGGCGCUUCAAGAGCUUCGACCUGCUGCGGCAGGACAGCUUCGAGGAUCACGUGAGCCUCAAGUGCCUGGGCAAGACGGAGAACUGGUACAAGUACCGCAUGCUGCUGGACAACGACGUGGAGUACUCCGUCAACAUCCACCACAUGGAGCGGCAGCUGACCGCCAGCGAUCUCAUGGGCUUCAACAACACGGGCAACAUCUGUGUGUGGCCCUCGGAGGAGGCCCUCACGGCCCUGGUGCUGUCCGAGGUGGAGGCGUAUCGGGGCAAGUGGAUUCUGGAGCUGGGCGGCGGCUUCACCUCCCUGGCCGGCCUCAUGCUGGCCAAGUACGCCAAGCCCUAUGCCGUGCACCUCACCGACGGCAACGAGAUCUCGGUGGAGAAUGUGCGGAAGACGGUCUGCCUGAACGAGCUGAGCUGCUACACCAAGUGCUCGGUGCUCAAGUGGCAGGAGUGCUCGGCUCGUGCACAGGCGGAGCAGGCCAAGUUCGACUUCAUUCUGUGCGCCGACUGCCUGUUCUUCGACGAGGCACGGUCUGCGCUGGUGGACACCAUCUGGUAUUAUCUGGCGCCCCAGGGUGUGGCCCUGAUCAUGGCCCCGAGUCGCGGUCGCACUCUCAGCGUGUUCCAGGAGGAGUGCACUGCCCGCGGGUUCACGGUGGAGUUGGCCACGCGCUACAACGAGACCAUCUGGCAGCGCCACCUCCAGCUCAAGGCCGACUCCGACCUGUACGACGAGGAUCUGCACUAUCCGCAGCUGCUGCGAUUGUGCAAGACGCACAGCUAGAGAAUCGGAAUCGGUCCGGAUGGGACCUCAUAGGUGCAAUUAAAUUUAGUCAAUGUUUUAGUUGAUAGCAAAGCAAAUUCCAGUUUACACCUUAAACACAUAAUGGGGCCGAAGCAAAUGAAAUUCCUCCCCCAAAAUAUAGCAAAAUGCAUUAGGCUGGUCCCUGUUAUCGCCCAGAAGGAUAGAGACGAAAUUCCACCAAAUAAAUGUUGAUUUGAUUUUGUUAGAAAAAUGUAUUCCAUGCCCAUUCCCCCAGCUGCCACGAAGGGCACAUAAAAGUGAAGUUUCCCUAGACAUUAUUGUUAUUAUUCGGACUUCAUUGCAUUAUUUCCAUCUUCCUUUUAUUAUAAUGUCUUUGAUGUGGCCCUAAAUGUGUGUAAAUGCCAUGCAGUAUUGUCCUCUCCUCUCCCUUUUCUGCACGAAAUUAGUUUUGAAGUUGAUUUGGAUUUGUUUUCGCUUUAUUGCCAGAAACCCGAGGUAAAUAAAUCCACAUAAAUCCGUUUUAGGAGCUCCACAAUGUUGCUUAAGUGAAAACUCAUCAGAGCUGUUGUAAUUAUUUGUUUAGAUACUCGUCUGCUCCUUAGCAGAAAUCGAUAAUUAUUAUUUGAUUUACGAGUUAUUUUUAGUCGCACAUUUUAUGCGCUACUUGAGAUCGGCUCCUGUUGAGGACCAGCCUAAUGGUCACCCCUAGCAUGUAGUUCUCUGUUAAGUUAUGCCAGAAAAGAUUCCUUUGUUGCAACCACACACACACACCCAAACACACACAAGUAUUAUUUAAUUAUAAUGUACACGCUGAAUAUUAAAUGUAUGAACUUUUGGGGCUACUUUCGGGGGACCUGAAAGAGAUCAAAGAAAAACGAGAAAACGAGAAGGAAAUGCGAACAUCCCCGAAACCGAAUACGAAACGUGGCCAGCGCUCGACCAAUUAACUAAUAGUUAACUAAACUAGUGUAUUGUAAUUAUAAUAGAGCAUGUGUUAAUGGUUAUAUGAUGAUGAGAUAAAUACAGUAUCGAAAUGACACACA